AACAAGAACCGCAAUAAAGUUCAUCUGUGGAAUGGGAGAGCAUGCUCAGGAUGAUUCCUUUCUCAGUGUUCUGUCUUCCAUCAUAAGGAGUCAAUGAACUUUUUGUGAACAUUAUGAACAGUGGACUGUUUUCACUUGUGUUCCGAAUUGGCCUGCUGUUCCUGUCCUUGCUCAGAUCUGGAGAAUCUCAACAUAUAGCAGAUGAAUCAUGCUCAGUACAGAUCCUAGUCCCUGGCCUGAAAGGUGAACCUGGGGAAAAGGGGGAGAAAGGAGAGCCUGGAAGGUUAGGAAAAGUUGGCCCAGUUGGACAACCAGGCCCUACUGGUGAAAAAGGCCAUAAAGGUGCAAUGGGUCACCCUGGCAAAAUAGGCCCAGCUGGGUUAAAAGGAAACAAAGGAGAUACUGGUGAUCUAGGACCAAAAGGGGAAAAUGGAGAUCCAGGUUUACCCUGUGAGUGUGGCCCCCUGAGAAAGGUAAUUGGAGAAAUGGACAUUCUUGUGACACAAUUAACAAAUGAACUCAAUUUCAUUAAAAAUGCACUGCCCUCCCCUGCAGCUGUUGCUGGAGUACGAGAGGUAGAGAAUAAGAUUUACCUACUGGUGAAGGAGGAGAAGAGGUACACAGAUGCCCAUGAGUAUUGCCAUGACCGAGGAGGACUACUUAUAAUGCCAAAAGAUGAAGCAACCAAUAGCCUCAUUGCUUCUUACAUCAGCGAAGCAGGUCUCAGCAGGGUAUUCAUUGGUGUUAAUGAUCUGGAGGAGGAAGGCCAGUUUGUCUUUACAGAUGGGUCGCCCCUGCAGACCUUCAACAAGUGGCGUACCGGAGAGCCGAAUAAUGCCUACGAUGAAGAAGACUGUGCGGAGAUGGUAUCUUCUGGGGGCUGGAAUGAUGUUGCCUGUCAUAUUACAAUGUACUUUGUCUGUGAAUUUGAUAAAGAUGCUCCUUAAUUCAGUCAGGUCCUGAUGUUGUAGCAUUACAUUAUUCCACAUUGACAAUGGAGAAAUCGGUAUUAGUUUUAAAAGCUAUGAUACCUCAAUGGGGGAAUGAUUAAAACCACCAGAGUAUUUGUUUUAUAAGUCUCAUUUUCACUCACAUUCUUAGAUGUAUGAUACAAGGACUGUAGGAUAAUAUAUUGAGUUUUAGCAGAACCAUUUUCUUGUGCUUUAUAGUUUCCGUGAACAAGGCAAGAAGUAAUUUGACAUUGGAUGGCAGCUUAAGGAGAGAAGAUCAAUGAAGUCAAUGAGAAUGAAAAUUUCAGAGAUUUGUAUUAUAGAUGACUAAUCUUACAUUGUCUAUUUUACACUGUCACAAACAAAAUUACCAGCCCAAACCCUCUCAUUUGUUACUUAAGUUUCUCUUUCCUCAUUUGCUAU